AACCUGUGGAGGCGCCCUUUAACGUUUAUGGACGCUGUUAGCUCGGCGACUGCGCGGGAACUGAGUGUCACGCAGCUACGGGGGCCGAACGAGUUCAAAUCUCCACGGCGGAAACGAAGAGGCGCCGGCGAGCGAAUAACAAACCUCCCAGAUUAAGACGGGAGAAAAGCCAAAACCGCUGCAUAAGAGCGCCGCGUCGUUUUAAAACAACCCCGACCCCUUUAAACCGCAGUCCGACACCCGCCGAUAGGACGGGACAUAAUAGGCGAAAAAGGCUGAAAAGAAGGAGAAAAAGAAGGAAAAUCGGCGUGUUGACCGAAUCAGGAUGGAGUGGCAGCCGGAUGAACAGGGUCUCCAGCAGGUGCUCCUGCUGCUGAAGGAUUCUCAGUCUCCAGACACGGCCACGCAGAGAGCCGUGCAAGAGAAACUGGAGCAACUCAAUCAAUUCCCAGACUUCAACAAUUACCUCAUCUUUGUCCUCACAAGUCUCAAAUCUGAAGAUGAGCCUACUCGCUCUCUCAGUGGUUUGAUUUUGAAGAACAAUGUGAAAGCUCACUAUCAGAACUUUCCUCCUGCCGUGGCUGACUUUAUCAAACGGGAGUGUCUCAACAACAUCGGAGACCCGUCACCACUCAUCCGCGCCACUAUCGGCAUUCUGAUCACCACCAUAGCAUCUAAAGGAGAGUUGCAGACAUGGCCAGAGCUUCUGCCUCAACUCUGCAACCUGCUCAACUCUGAGGACUACAACACCUGCGAGGGUUCAUUCGGCGCUUUGCAGAAAAUCUGUGAGGACUCAUCUGAGCUGUUGGACAGUGAUGCUCUGAAUCGACCUCUAAACAUAAUGAUCCCAAAAUUUCUACAGUUCUUCAAACACUGCAGCCCCAAAAUCAGGUCACAUGCUAUAGCAUGUGUGAAUCAGUUCAUCAUAGGCAGAGCUCAGGCUCUGAUGGACAACAUUGACACUUUCAUAGAGUCUCUGUUUGCUCUGGCGGGUGAUGAAGACUCUGAGGUGAGGAAGAAUGUGUGCAGGGCGCUAGUGAUGCUGCUGGAGGUUCGCAUAGACCGCCUCAUCCCCCACAUGCACAGCAUCAUCCAGUAUAUGCUUCAGCGCACACAGGACCCUGAUGAGAACGUAGCUCUGGAGGCCUGCGAGUUCUGGCUCACUCUGGCUGAACAGCCCAUCUGCAAAGAGGCUCUAUCAGGACACCUAGUCCAACUCAUCCCCAUCCUGGUGAAUGGAAUGAAGUACUCUGAGAUUGACAUCAUUCUGCUGAAGGGUGAUGUCGAGGAGGACGACACUGUCCCAGACAGCGAGCAGGACAUAAAGCCCCGUUUCCAUAAGUCCCGCACAGUCACCCUGCAGCACGAGGGCGGAGAGGGGGAGGAGGGAGAGGACAUUGAUGAAGAUGAAGACGAUGAUGACGACACUCUGAGUGACUGGAAUCUGCGUAAGUGUUCUGCGGCGGCGCUGGAUGUCCUGGCUAAUGUGUUUCGGGAUGAGCUCCUGCCCCACCUGCUGCCUCUGCUGAAGGGGCUUCUGUUCCACCCAGACUGGGUUGUUAAAGAGUCCGGCAUACUGGUGUUGGGAGCUAUCGCUGAGGGCUGUAUGCAGGGGAUGGUUCCCUACCUGCCUGAACUGAUCCCUCACCUGAUCCAGUGUCUGUGUGAUAAGAAGGCUCUAGUUCGCUCCAUUGCCUGCUGGACUCUAAGCCGCUACGCCCAUUGGGUGGUUAGCCAGCCGCCAGACGCCCACCUCAAACCCCUCAUGACUGAACUGCUCAAACGCAUCCUCGACGGCAACAAGAGAGUGCAGGAGGCCGCCUGCAGUGCGUUUGCCACUCUGGAGGAGGAGGCCUGUACGGAGCUGGUCCCGUACCUCAGCUUUAUUUUAGACACUCUGGUGUUCGCCUUCGGAAAGUACCAGCACAAGAACCUGCUCAUCCUCUAUGACGCCAUCGGGACCCUUGCAGACUCUGUGGGACAUCAUCUCAACCAGCCGGAGUACAUUCAGAAGCUGAUGCCCCCUCUGAUUCAGAAAUGGAAUGAGCUGAAGGAUGAGGACAAAGACCUUUUCCCUUUGCUAGAGUGUUUGUCAUCUGUUGCAACGGCGCUGCAGAGCGGUUUCCUGCCCUACUGUGAACCUGUGUAUCAGCGCUGCGUCACCCUGGUGCAGAAAACACUCGCUCAGGCCAUGAUGUACAGCCAGCAGCCGGACCAAUAUGAGGCUCCUGAUAAGGACUUCAUGAUAGUAGCUCUGGAUCUACUAAGUGGAUUGGCAGAGGGCCUUGGUGGACAUGUUGACCAGCUGGUUGCCCGUAGCAAUAUCAUGACUUUACUCUUCCAGUGCAUGCAGGACACAAUGCCCGAGGUCAGACAGAGCUCUUUUGCGUUGCUGGGAGAUCUGACCAAAGCCUGUUUUCCUCACGUCAAACCCUGCAUCGCUGAGUUCAUGCCGAUUUUGGGGACGAACCUGAACCCUGAGUUCAUCUCUGUGUGUAAUAACGCUACGUGGGCCAUUGGAGAAAUCUGCAUGCAGAUGGGUGUGGAGAUGCAGCCAUAUGUGGCUCUAGUUGUUCCUCACCUGGUGGAGAUCAUCAACCGACCCAACACUCCAAAAACCCUGCUAGAGAACACUGCGAUCACGAUUGGUCGGCUGGGUUACGUGUGUCCGCAGGAAGUGGCUCCGAUGUUGCAGCAGUUUAUCCGGCCCUGGUGUACAUCAUUAAGGAACAUCCGAGACAAUGAGGAAAAAGACUCUGCGUUCAGAGGCAUCUGUGUGAUGAUUGGUGUGAAUCCUGGAGGAGUGGUACAGGAUUUCAUUUUCUUCUGUGAUGCGGUGGCCUCCUGGGUCAAUCCUAAAGACGAUCUGAGAGACAUGUUCUAUAAGAUCCUGCAUGGUUUUAAGGAUCAGGUAGGGGAGGAGAAUUGGCAGCAGUUCUCGGAGCAGUUCCCGCCCAUCCUGAAAGAACGCCUCUCUGCAUGCUAUGGCGUGUAGCCCCACCCUCCUCCACACACAGCACGAUCAUGCGCUGUCAGCUGAACCUUUAGGAGGGUUAACCUGGGGGGGGGAACUCAUCCAUCUGUGUAUUGCACUGCCCUGAUCGUGGGGGAGAGGGACGAGAUCGGCCGCUCCGCCUGACGGACAGACCCCACGCCCUGUGUGUGUCCA